AUGGUAUAUUACAAGAAGAAAUGCUAUAGCCUGGCAGGUGCACAGAAAUUGUUCACUGAGGUCGAAGGAACUUGUAGCGGAAAGUAUGGCUUUAUCAUAGCUGUCACCACAAUUGACAACAUUGGAGUUGGUCACAUCCAACCAGGACGUGGAUUUGUUGUGUAUCCUGUCAAAUAUAAGGCUAUUGUUUUCAGACCAUUUAAAGGCGAAGUUCUGGAUGCUGUAGUCAUGCAAGUAAACAAGGUUGGGUUGUUCACUGAGAUAGGACCUCUUUCAUGCUUUGUGUCACGCCAUUCAAUCCCAUCAGAUAUGGAUUUUGAUCCAAACUCUAACCCACCAUGUUAUAAAACAAGAGAUGAGGACAAUGUGAUUCAACAGGAUGAUGAAAUUCGUCUCAGAAUAGUAGGAACCAGGGUUGACGCUAAUGAUAUUGUAAGUUCUGUGAUUCCAUGUGUUUAGUAGAUCGUUGUUCUUUAAGCCUCAACUUCUUUACAUCAAUUUGCUACUUCUUCAUACUGUCUUCUUUGGAACUAGCAAGUAGAACUUGUCUAACAGUCAAGACCUUCUUGAGUUUGUGAUCAUUUCCUUUAUUCUCAUGGCCUAAAUGUAUGAUUC